CCAUGGCAGGGCCCCGCUCCCCUGCGGGGGAAGCUGCGGCCCACUCCCGGCGGUGGCACGAGCUCAGCACGUGUCCGUCCAGCCCUGGAACUCAGGCCCCUUCCGCCCGAUUCCGAGAUGGCCGGCAGGAGCCGUAAGGCCGGGCAGCCACGUGACCACCCCGGGCUUCGGCCCCGUCCCAGCUCCCCGCGCACAAAGGGGCCGGAGCUAGAGGUCAGCCGUUCCCAUGGCGAUCGCUGCUAGCGUCUCUCCCCCCGCCCCCACCAUACGGUGGGCGCCGAGAGACAGAAAAGGCCGGGGCGGCUGGGCGAUGACACGCGCUUCAGCUCCGGGAUGGAGGGGCCGGGCCAGCCUAAGCCUGAAGAAGUAGGAAUGACUGAAGUGCAGGAGCCUGUUGAAUCACCAGCAGCAGUGAUUGAGUCUCCUCGGGAAGAGUCACCUAUAGUUGAAUUGCCAACAUCAGUGGACCAGUUACCUACAGAUGAAUUGCCAGGGUCUGUGGCCGAAUCAUCUGUGGCUGAAUUGCCAACAACUAUGGUCAAAGCACCUGUGUAUGAAUUGUUACCAUCUGUGGGCAAGCCACCUGUGGCUGAACCAGCAGAGACUGUAGUCGAAGCACCUGUGGCUGAACCAGCAGAGACUGUAGUCGAAUCCCCAGAAGCUGAAGAGCCUAUGGUGUAUGAAGACCCCUUUGAAGUUUCUCUUAUGUACAUGGAGAAACAUAACAUUCUGCAGAUAUUUCAGGAGAUCACUGAAAACUUGGUGUAUGAGAAGCCCGAUGACCCCUUGCAGUUCAUGUUGCUGCAGGUGCAGUCCAUGAUGAACAAGCAGCUGGAAAUGGAGGAGGAGGAGGAGCUGGGCGGUGACAGCUUCUACACAGCAGAGAACUUUUCUGGUGGCCACCAGUGACUUUGGCAACAUGGUUGUUAGCACAGGGCCUCUGGCUAACACUGCACUUGCACACUUGGUAGAAAUUAUUUUCAACAGGUCUGAUGGUAACUGAGCUUCCUGGCUUCUCUUGUUCUGGGUGCUGUGCUUCCAACUGCUUGUAAAUUAUGCGACUGCAUGUUAUCGAUACACAAACCUCCUAAGAAACACAAACAAACACACACACAACCCUCUGAACAUUCCUGCCAAACCCACCACACAGCUUGUACACACAGAGGCUACUUUUCUGUGAACACAGACUCUACAGCUCUGAUCACACACAUGCACAGACAAUAGCACAAACCCACAGCAACCAGACUUAAUGGCUAUAGACCCAACCACCCUUGAACACUUGCACAUGUUUAUACCGUCUCUGUUCUGUUUUGGUGGGUGGUCUGUCGUAUAACACUCCACUACAUAACAGUUUGGAACUCCAGUGUCCACACUGGGAGGGGCUGUCUCUGUCCCUCUCCCUCCCAGAACCCCCUUGUCCCACACUGGAAGGGGCGGUCUCCCCCUCAGCUAUCCUUGCUGAGUUCAGAUCACUCUGUCCUUCUGCAUUCUUCUCUCUGCCGUGGCAUGUACAAUUCCUAUACACACACAACUAGAAGGUGAAGUUAAGGUUGCAGGGACAUAUGUGUGGCUUCAGAGCAUAUCACCUCUUAAAAAUACUAGUUGAAUAAAAAACAAAAACAACUGUUAGAAACCCAGGACAUUUAGAGUUAAAAGCUACUUCUCAAACAAGUAACUCAAAUUACCGUUAUCUAUCUAUCAUUCAAGUUGCUUAUACGUAGGGUGACCAUAUUUCCCAAAAGGAAAACGGGACACCGUGCAGGGGUGGCCCAAGCACCCGGUACCCCUCCCCACCACGGAGCUGGCUGGAGCCACUCACCGGAGCCUCCUCCACUGCCCAUGGGGCCUGAGCCACUCACCCAAGCCCUGCCCUCCCAUUAUCCAUAUGGUGUCACUGCUUGCUUGCGCCCUGCCUGCCCCCCCGGCAGUGCCCUGCCUCCCACCCCCUGCACCAGGCUAGCAUCGCCACUCCCCCUACCUCACGUUCCUCCACACCCCACUUUUUUGACACAAGUGGGCAUUUGUCACGUUUGUUCUUGCCAACUGAUCAAAUUGGCAAGACCAAACGAGACAAAUGCCUACUUUUUCCAAAAAAGUCAGGACGGCCGGGACAGGGCUUAAAAAAGGGACUGUCCUGGCCAAAAAGGGACAUGUGGUCACCCUACUUAUAUGUUCCUCAUCACCAUAGUAUCUGAGUGCCUAUCUCUGCCCCCUAGAAAAGUUUGCCUAUACUGCAGGCAAAGAAAGAUGGUAUAGAAAAUGAGUACUGUAGAACACUGGCUUUAUAAUUGAUUUCGUGCAUACCUAUCUCCAGUACUUCGUGUGCUGUUCUGGCACCAGGCUGACCUUUGCUCUUUUUAGGUAAGUGCUUUAAUUGCAUGAUCUAGGUCUUUGAGGUUUAUAUAUAGUCACAUGCUAGCUCUGUAUCUAAUGGCAUUUGAAUAGUUACCUAAUGCCGGUCCUUUCCACUCAAGGAUCUCCAAGCACUCAGAACUAUUAGUUAAUCUACUGUAUUCCAUUUUAGAGGCACGUGAGUACCAUCUUUCUUUUACAAAUAGAGCAUGAUCCUGUAAGGCAUGGAGGACCAGAUUUUUAUGGAUCUUUAGGUGUCUAAAGAUGCUAAUAAGCACCUCGUGGGUUUUUAAAGUGUCCUUAGCAGGUUAAGUAUCAGAGGGGUAGCCGUGUUAGUCUGGAUCUGACUAACACGGCUACCCCUCUGAUACUUGACACCAUGCAAGGCACUACAUUUAGCCGUAUGGAGUGGGAAUCCAUCAACCUCAUGAAGAAACUUGCACAAGUACAGACAGAUAUCAUCUUCCUUUCCAAAUGCAAAUGGAUGGACAUCAUACCAAAUGGACUGAAGGUGAAAAAUCCAUUGCUAUCUACAUACUGCACAGCAGUUCAUUUGCAAAUUUGACACCAUCAGCUCAGGAUUAAAUAAAGACUGUGAAUGGCUAGCCAACUACAAAAGCAGUUUCUGCUCCCUUGGGGUUCACACCUCAGCUGCUAGAAGAGGGCCUCAUCCUCCCUGAUUGAACUAAUCUCGUUAUCCCUAGCCAGAUUCUUGCUUCCAUAUUUAUACCUGCCUCCGGAAAUUUCCACUACAUCCAACGAAGUGGAUAUUCACCCACGAAAUCUUAUGUUCCAAUACGUCUGUUAGUCUAUACGGUGCCACAAGACUCUUUGACAGGUUUCAGAGUAGCAGCCGUGUUAGUCUGUAUCCAUAAAAAGAAAAGGAGUACUUGUGGCACCUUAGAGACUAACAAAUUUAUUUGAGCGGAUACAGACUAACACAGCUACUACUCUGAAACCUGUCAAAGAGUCCUGUGGCACCAUACAGGACUCUUUGCCGCUUUAGCAGGUUAGGUACUUAACUCCUAUUGAAUCACUUAGGCACUUUUGACAUUCCCAUUAGGUGCCUAUCUGGCCCUGAGUGCCCUCAACACCUGAGAGAAUUGGACCCUUAAUGAAAUAUGGGGGAAUGAUUGUUUUCAACCUGGUGGUAUUUGUCUAACCAAGACUUUUUGUAAAACACUUUGAUGUACACUGAGUCUGAUUGUUAGGAAGGCUGGAAAGCAGCAGCAUUACUGUAUGAUUAAGACUGAGGCUUUCUAGCUUUUUGUGGCCACCUAUCAAAGGAAACUUUAUUUGAGAUGGAUAAGUUAGUGUGUGUUUCUGAUUCUUUUGCCAGAAUAUUGCUGUGAAACAGAGUUAACAUGCCAGGGGUGCCUGGCUUAAAAAAUGCAACUUUAACUUUAAUGAAUUUACUGAGUUUCUAACAUUUAAGUAUUGUGUUUUGUUGUUUGUUUUUUAAUUUCUAACAUUCCUGAAAGGCCAUGUGUUGUGCCUGCAGCUGUAACUUCACAUUACUGAAGUUUUUUGUGGGGGCGAUUUCCUCAGUUUCUUUUAAAUAGCCCUGAGGUUGGCUGGAGAGGAGCCCUGGCCUAUUCCCACAAAUCCUAUGAGUUUUGCAAGAGGGGAGGCUCAAACUGGCAGUCCUUAGGCGGUCCAGGGGAAAGAAUACCUCUUUGGUCUGCUGAUUGCAUCAACUCCUACUACUAACAUCUCCACCCAUUCUUGGAGGGGAGGCUUCCCAUGGGUGCACAUAAAGGGAGCUGAACUCCUGCAAAUUUCUGUAAGUCCACAGGAACAAGGCUCUUCUCCUGCAGGGAACAGGAAUAUAGCUCCAUUCCUUUCAACUGCAUGAUGUUUGAAGGACUGGAGCUGGCUGCCUAUGGUUGGCAAGAGAGUUGGGUGAGGACUGUAGAACUAAGAAAAACCUCCCUCUUGGUCCUCAGGAGGUCCACUAGGAGAAAGGACUGGCUGAGAACAGGACUUUGAUGGGGGCAGCCAUUACCCAUUCCCCUGAACUUCCUGCAGCCCACAGAAAUAGGGAGACCUGCUUGUGAACCUUCCAGUGGAAAAAUCUCUUUUUCCCCCCCUUUGACAAGCCUUCUGAGUUGACCACAUUACACUUUUAGCUCUAUCUCUGCAAGGAAAAGGGCUGGAGGCUUACCUUUUUUAAAAAAAUGAAAGCUAAGGUCUCCAGCAAUCAUAUGAUGUCUUGUAUUCAGAUUGCCAGAGAUGACCUUCCUGGCAACAUUACAGAAUGAAAUUUAAAUAAUUCUUAAAAUCAAAUUUUAAACACUACAUUUUGGACCUGGGUAUCUCAGCUAAGGGAGUCCAGUAAAGUAGAUUUUAUCACAGUCCUUUCUAUCAGAAGAAUUAUGUGGAACCCUGGACAUCUCUAUUUAGGAUGUCAUAAUCAGAACCCCCUUCUCUGAUUUGCUUCAAAUUAGAAAAAAAAAAUCUACCUCAGCCCUAGAUAUAACCAGAAAAUUUUGAGGGUGGUAUUCUUUGCGGGGUGAGGGGAGUUCAGUCAAGGAAAGAGGAAGCAAAUCAGAGUUUAAAAAGGAAACUUAAUUGCAGUCUUACCUUUGGAAGGGCUGUCCCUAUUCUGUAACGAUUCCCCCUAAACCAUGGUUCCCUGUUGAUAAGUAGAUACAGAGUGGCACAACUAUCUCUAAUAGCAACUGGCAAACUUCUUGUUGUCUUCAAUGCUCUGAAGGAACUCUCAGUUCACUGUGGGACAUGGUACCAUCCCACAGACUAUUUCAUAUACAAAUCUGACUAUUCUAUAUAGGUUCUUAAACUGUGCUCAUCACCGUAGUACCUGAGUGAUUUCCAGUGGUUUAUUAAGCAACAUGACUAACAUCUGUCACACAUUGUUAGCACAGUUGUCAACUUUCCCGUGGUAAAUAAGCACACUGACUUUCACAAUAAGCCAAAAAUCAAGCUAAUCUCAUUUUAAAACAAG